CUUAAUUAACCAAUUGAUGAUUAGUAGUUAGAAUGGCAGAAUUAGGGGAGGAGUUAGCGAUGACAAGUUCAAAAAUAAUUUUGCGUUCAUUGCAGUCUGUGCUAUUUUACUAAAAAGAUGGGGAAAGGUUUACCUAACAGUAAUUUAAGAUACAUAGUUAAUAGAAGUAAUACACCUAACGAGUUAGCAAAAGAGAAUUCAUUUGUGAGUAUAAACGAGACAAAUGUCAAUAUCACAGUUAAACCAUCUGGGUCACCACAUUGUACCAAGGUUGUGAUCGGACUAGUUGUAGCUGGAAUUGUUGCAGUUGGAGUAACAGUGGCGCUGGUCGUCGUUUUAACAAAAAAAGGCGAUGACGGAGAGAAAACGACAGCUUUAUUAGAAUGUGUGUAUAUUUUUCAAGUUUUACCAAGUGAAACGCCACAAACAACUACCAGACCUGUUACAUCAACGACCACGAUACCGGAAAAAGCAAGCACUUCCUCAGGUUUACCAAGUGAAACGCCGGAAACAACAACAGUAACCAGACCUGUUACAUCAACGACCAUGAUACCGGAAAUAACAAGCACUACUUCAGAGAAUGGAGAAGGCUUCUGGUCUGCUUGGGGAGACUGGACACAAUGUACAGCUACAUGUAACUCUGGGAUCCACAAACGUUAUCGGAGUUGUAAUGGACAAGACUCAACAGAAUGUGUAGGCGAUUUCGUUGAGACUGAAAUCUGUGUAGAAACUGUAUGUCCGGUGUGUGGAAAAUGGACAACGUGGGGUUCCUGGGGUAGUUGUGACGUCACUUGUGGCGGUGGAACACAGUCUCGAACAAGAACAUGCUCUAAGACUGACUCUGCAGAUCUUGAUUGUGUCGGAAAUAAUGCGCAAGAAAAGAACUGUUCCGAAUGGGAAUGCCCAGACUGUUCCAGAGAAUGUACAGUAGGAGUCCUAAACACGGAUUGUGAUACAUGUCUUUGUGAUGGUAUGGUCAUUACGGGAAGGGUUCGCGCUGUCUCAACGGGCAACCCAAUCAGCAAUGCGGCAUUGUACGCAAGCACUGCACCGACCAAGCUUAUAGCCCAGAGUAAUUCGACCGGCUUCUUCUCAUUAGACGCUAUGUGCACAUCGACAGAGCUUCUAAUUAUACGAAACGGUUUCGUUGACAUCACUGUGGUAGUCAGCGACAACAACAUAGAAAUAAACAUGACCAAAAUAGUGUUGCCAUACCUGACGGAAACGCCACAGGCAAAGAAAAGAUUGUCAGGAGAAAAUGUUACACUCUGUUGUGAAGCAGUUGCCAGUCCUCCGAUAGAUUAUUAUGAAUGGUUCAAAGAUGAUUUACUAUUAGACGUGACCCUGUAUCAAGAUGGCAACAAGCUGAGUCUGUCUGAUUUGACCACAACCGAUAGCGGAAGAUACCAGUGCAGAGCUAACAGUCCAGCAGGAGCUAUCAUGUCACCUGCUGCAACAUUGCGUGUAAAAGAGGAAUCAAAUGAUUUCUGUGCGGAUGCAUUACAACAAAAGACAGUCGCUUUACCUGAUGAUUGUGUCCAAGCUAGAACAAAUACCGCAACGUACGAAGUUGGGGAAUGCAUUUCAAAGAGCUGCAGAGAAAAUUCGACAACUGAUUUUGGAACAUGUCGUGAAGACGUUUCCUCAUGCUGCACAAUUGGCGAAGCAGUUCUUGAAACGGUGCAAUGUUCUGGAUAUGAACUUGAGUUGGUUGUUAUUAAGUCAUGCAGCUGUGCUGCAUGCAGUUCGAAUUCCCUAACAAUUUCUGGAACAGCACUUGGAGUUGAAGAUGGAUCACCGCUUAAAUAUGGGGAAGUCUGGGUGAAUGGUAUAUUCACAACAUAUACUAGUAUAACAGGGGAUUUCAGUUUUGUUGUUUCUAAAACGUCGCCAAAGGUAAUAAUUAAUUUAAAAGAUACUUAUUUCCGACAAUUUCUUCCAGCAAUAAAAUCAGUUGAAGUCAACGAUGAAAUGAGUGGUGUACUUCGUGUAGAUAUUGGUAUGAUACAGGCUGUAGAACCAGUUGAAAUUGAUUCAUCUACUGAAAACACCCUAGUUGCGGGCGCUUCCAGCGAUAAUACAACCACGCCAAUCGUCCAAAUAUCUAUUCCAGCAAAUGCAUUCUACUAUCAAGACGGCACGCAGUAUAACGGAACUGUAGAAGCAAGUCUCACGUUUUUGGAUCCUACUAAUACUUCGGUUCUCAGUAAUAUUCCCGGUACGUUCGAAAUUGUCAAUGAAGAAGGGCAGACGGCGAAUCUUGCAUCAUUAGCGGUCUUCAACCUUUAUUUCGAAGAUUCGUCAGGGCAACCUCUUAUUUUAGAUGAAGUCGUGGACUUGUAUCUUCCGUUAGAACUAGGCGAAAGCGUUACAGACCAGGAUAUAAAAUUAUGGAGGAUGAAUACUGAAACCGGAAUAUGGGAAUAUGUUACGCCUGGGUCAGGAACAAGAAGACGGAAACGACAAAACACAGCUCUUUGGAUUGGUGAAAUUGAUUGGUCCAGUGUGACAGACCAGGAUUGGUAUAAUUACGAUUAUGUAUACACUUUAACUGACAGACCGUGUUAUUUUAAAGUUCGUCUUUUCACAGACCAACAAUUUACAGCACAAGUUCCAAACCCUGAAAGAUAUAUUGAGGUAGAUUACCACAUUCUUAAAGAUUCCACGCUAUUAACUAUCAGUGAUUAUCUGUACUAUCCUGAAAAUGAAUGCAUUAAUGCUGUUUGUGAAGAUGAUAAUGCAUACAUAAGUCUGUAUUAUUACGGAAGAAAUGGUUAUGAUUCUCUUUAUGCUGGACCGCCUGAAAUAGGGUCAAGCAGCCAUUAUUAUGAAAUAAUGGAUAAUGACAAAGUUCUGAAAAUCCAAAUGUCUUCUUCAAAUAAUGGACCUUUCUACAAUGAUCGGACACAAUGUCUAGCCUCAUCCUCGAACAACUAUCACCUGAAGUAUCAUUACGGAAUGACGUCUGAAGCUUUCACAUACAUGAAAACAUUUACUUUCAGUCCAAGUUUAGGGAUACCGGAGUCAAUAAGGAUCAGUCAGAGGACGUGGUAUCCAGACCGUUCAUUUGAAGGCUACAGAGUAUGUUUCAUGAAAGUACGCCUUUUGUUUGAAGACGGACUAUUUUUAUCACCUGGCCAAUACAUCAAACUGAAGGCAACAAGCUACGGCGGCACAAACGAUGAAAUAAAAGACUUUAUUCUUGGUAUCCGAGAGCAUGACGUUACAAAUGUCACAGAGAAUUCUUCGAUUUGUAUCGAAUAUAAAUGCAGUGGAACCAUAGAUCCAAUGUUUGAUGAACAAUCUGAUUACACAAGAGUAGUGCUGACACUAGUUUAUCCAACCAGCGAAAUGGAAUGUAACGUAACAGGAGAAGCAGACUUUCUGUCUUCUGAUGCUACUUCUCUAAAUGAGGCCCAGAUUGGAAUGACAAAUGGCACUUACGAAAUAUAUGCACCGACAGUAUACACACCAGAUAUUGGUCUAUACUCGGCCACUAGUGACAUGUUAGAUAUCGACAGCGCCUAUACCACGGCAGAAGGUGAAUGCCGAUCAGGAGAACCACAAAAUAUUGAUGAUGAUAACCCGGAAACUGGGGUGGCAGUAACGUUUACAUUUAAAAACAGAUGUUUAUACUGGUGGUUAUGGUUUUAUAAUUUUUGUUAGUUUGAAUAGAAUACUGUUUGUACAGAGUAUCCUCCUGGGCAUCAUCAAAUCACAUACUUUUCUUGAUAAAGUGUAAAACUCCUAUCACGUCUGUUAGUGAAACACUUUGUUUAACAGAGUCGAGAAGGUAGUGCUGCAUUGCAUAUAUCAAAUAUGUUUCGUUUCUUAAAGCAGAUGAUAUCGCUCUUACAAACUGCGAUGUGUUGAAUCAAACAUUGAUAAACUAAAGAUAACCAUAAUACCAUAAUAUAUAAGAAUGACGUAAACUCGGCUAGUGCAGACUUCAAUAAUGAUUGUCACAAAUGCCUCUACAAAUACGCUGUGUGGAAGCAUCCAUCCGGUAUCGUGUAAAAUCGAUGUAAAAAUGUACAAUUUGAAAAAAAAAAAAAAAAAAAAAAAAAAAAAAAAAAAAAAAAAAAAAAAAGAAAAAAAAAAAAAAAAAAAAAACAAAAAACAAA